UGACAACAGCAACAUCAAAGAUCACUGAUCAUAGAUCACCAUAACACAGAAAUCAUGAAAAGUUUGAAAUAUUUUGAGAAUUACCAAAAUGUAACACAGACACGAAGUGAACACAUGCUGUUGGAAAAAUGGCGCUAAUACAAUUGCUGGACUCAGGGCUGCCACAAACCCUCAAUUUGUUUUUAGAAAGUCCUAUCUGCGAAGCGCAAUAAAACGAGGUAUGCCAUAGUAUAGAGGCGCUGCCGCCAAAGGAAAGCCUCCGGAAGGUUGAGAGAGAUACCGGAGAGUGCGUCCCGCACUGGAGGAGGAGGAGGAAGGUUUUUACCAGGCAGCGAGUCCAGAGCCCGCGCUGUCAACGACGCAGUGCUGCCUUUUUUCGGAGGCGCUGCGGGAGGACGCCUGGACACGCUCCCUUAGGAGAGCGGGCGGGUCACGGGACCUGGACGGCCACAAACCUGAGGCCUGAAGCCAGCUCUGCCGCUGAAGCCAACCCUCUGCGCAGCCGCCCUGGGCUGGCGUCCCGAGAUAGCCGCCCCCAAACCGGGCCUGCGCGUGGACGUUCCGCUGUGCCCCGCGCAAAACCGGAAGUACCCGGACCUAAGGCUGAGGGACCCGGUGGAGCGGAAGUCACUCCCUGAGGCAGUGGCGACAGCCGCGGCGAGAGGAUGAACAACAAGUUCGACGCUUUGAAAGAUGAUGACAGUGGGGACCAUGAUCAGAAUGAAGAAAACAGCACACAGAAAGAUGGUGAGAAGGAAAAAACGGAACGAGACAAGAAUCAGAGCAGUAGCAAGAGAAAGGCUGUUGUUCCUGGACCAGCAGAGCAUCCCCUGCAGUACAACUACACUUUUUGGUACUCCAGGAGAACCCCCGGCCGUCCCACCAGCUCACAGAGCUAUGAACAGAAUAUCAAACAGAUUGGCACCUUUGCCUCUGUGGAGCAGUUCUGGAGGUUUUAUAGCCACAUGGUACGUCCCGGGGACCUGACAGGCCACAGUGACUUCCAUCUCUUCAAAGAAGGAAUUAAACCCAUGUGGGAGGAUGAUGCAAAUAAAAAUGGUGGCAAGUGGAUUAUUCGGCUGCGGAAGGGCUUAGCCUCCCGUUGCUGGGAGAAUCUCAUUUUGGCCAUGCUGGGGGAACAGUUCAUGGUUGGGGAGGAGAUCUGUGGGGCUGUGGUGUCUGUCCGCUUUCAGGAGGACAUUAUUUCAAUAUGGAAUAAGACUGCCAGUGACCAAGCAACCACAGCCCGAAUCCGGGACACACUUCGGCGAGUGCUUAACCUACCUCCCAACACCAUUAUGGAAUACAAAACUCACACCGACAGCAUCAAGGCCUGGGAGGAGUUUCAUGGCCUGGUGAACAGCAGCGGCCGCUGAUCGGACGCUCCCCCUCUGUCUCUCACACUCAGGGGACAAUUCAAGCUUUCGAAAUACAAAAAUCACAUUGUGAAAGUACACAAGCUGGCAAUAAUCCUUUUCUGUAUGUGUGUGUUUGUCCGAAAUGGAUGGGAGGCCUCCAGCCAGUCCUUCCAUUGCUCACUGAAGGGACGUCCCUGAGUCGUGCGCUCCCCUUUUGCACUCAUUCCUGGAGGACGGAUUCCACUAGACACCCUCCAGCAUCGCUGACUUUAUAAGGCGGAAAAACGGAAAACGUGACUUUGUAAUAGACAUUGUUUUUUAAUGGGGUUCCAUGGGGGGCGUUCAGCCUUUCUGUUCGCUGUGUCCUGUCCAGAUGCCUCUUGGGCAUCCUGUUGUUCUCUUCCCGUGCUGUACAAAGGGUACCAUGGCCACGUGUAGAUGCCAGAGCUGUUGAUGAGAGUUACCAGUAUUAUGAAUGUCUGUGCAUCCAGGAAAAGCUUUCUGUUGGAGAGUCCCAGAAUAGCUGUAAAUGCUCUCUUCUAGCUAUGCCAUUAAAUUAUUGGGACACUUUGUUUCUUUCUCUCCCCUCCUCCAAGCCCACCACUUUCUGAAGCUGUGUUACUGAUGUGAUGACUGUCCAGGAUUUUGUAUCAUCCCCUGCCUUAUGCCCUCCAGUCUCCUCUCCUGUGGGACUCUCUCCUUCUUAGGCACAGCUACACUUAGAAUUGUAAUCCAGUGACUCUUACAGGUUUCACUGAGGCAGCUUAGAGGGAAUGCCUUAGUAAACUGAACUGAAGCAGAAUCUAGUUUGAUUAGGAGCUAGAUUAUAAUCUAGGUUCCAAGUACAGAAUUUGGAGCUGAGGACAGUGAUUGAAAUCAUUUUCCCAUAUGAGCAGAGCCUGUGUGUCAGGCCUGUUUCCCGUAUGAGCGGAGCCUGUGUGCAAGCCUGUUUCUGGCAUGUCCCUCAUUGAGGAAGGGAAGCAAAAGCUGGUUAUUGCCAGGCCUAUUAACACUUAGUAUGAAAAUUCUAUCAUCCCGAAACUGGGGCAUCUGAGGAAAAGGCGACCUUGCUGGAUGGCUUUAUUUGCAUGGCUCUGCCUGUCUGCAGUGGUUGAGUCCUUAUCACCUGGUAUGUGUAUGAGCAAAUGUGUGCUGAUCGUGAUGCCCAGGCAGAAACCUCUUGAAAACUACUGCAGGCAUGCUUUAAAAAUGACCAGUCACUCAUCAGAGAAGCUGGGUGAUCUGACUCCCGAAGGACUGAAGUCAGAGAGGUCAAAAGAGCACCUAGGAUUCAAAUAAAUUGAGUCAGAGUCCUAUAGCAACCUCCAAGUAGCACUGUCUUAUUUGGUUCUUGUGAGCAAAGACUGCAGUACCUUAAAUUAAGGCCUCUCUUUAAAACAUAUCCUUGAAGACUAGGGGAUCCUUGGCCACCUGGUCUUAGAGAAAUCAUAUGAGAAUAACAGGCAUUUCCUUAUUGUAUUUAUAUUACUCUCCUCCUACUUUUCCAUUCCUGAACACCCUCUAAUGACCACUGUUUUGGGGAUGCUUUUUUCCUGAAAGAACGGGGAGUACAGGGGCCAAAAGGGAGGUGCUUCUAUUACAGGUCAAGUUAGAUAAGAUCUAGCAGUGAUUUAAAUUCCAGGAAUAUGAAGAGUGCAUUCUAGUGUCCAGACAGUUGUGAAGGGCUCGGCAAAUACAAGAGCACCAUUGGCUACAUGGGGAGCAAAGGCUGUCUUUGAAAACCCCAGGGAGGUCUUCACUUUUGCCUAAACUCAGAUUUGCCAUGAAAAUUCCAAAGAGAUCUGAUACUUGGAUUUGCCCUCCUCUGGGCGUCUACCUGACUGUUGUGUGUGGGGGGAAGUCAGUGUGUAUGUGUACAGCAUGCUUAGGAGUGAGUGAGUGAGUGGUCAAGCCUACUGGUUAGGUGUGUUGUCCAUAGUUUUUCUUUUUCUUUUCUUUUCUUUUUUUUUUUAUUCAGAGUUUUGAAUCUUAUGUUUUCUAGAGCUGCUCAUGUUUCCCCUUCCUCUUUGUCGUUGUAGUAUUUGACAGUUGUCUUUUCCAUCAAAAACAUACUGGCCUUAGGCUGGUUAGAGCAAGAGGUUAUGUCUAUUAGGCAGCAUCUUACCCGCAGUGUUCUCCCAGAUGUUCUGCCUAACAGGUUUAAGUGGGAGAUUAAAUAGUCAGUUUAUCUAAACCCUCCAUUUUUCCCAACUAGCUUGAGAGGUCUUUUCAUCUACUUUUACUCCAUGGGCCUCUGAUAUGCUGAGAUGUGAUACGGUUAUGAUUAUGGUAUCACCUGUUAUAGAGACAAAGGGAGAAAGGUCUACCAGGGCCAACGUAACCAGAAUGUGAGGAGAGUGGAGAGUCGGUCUCCACUUUGCACAGUUGGGGCUGUUCUCCUCUAACCCCUUUGCUGGGUUUUCUGUUUGAAAUUGGCUCCUACUCCUCUCCAGCCCUUUGCUGGAUUUUCUGUUUGAAAUUGGCCCCUACUCCUCUCCAGUGCUCUGCUUUUUGAAUCCUCCUGUUCGUGUGUGUGUGUGUGUGUGUGUGUGUGUGUGUGUGUGUUUUCCCUGUGAUACUGGCAGUGGCAAUAAUUUUCCACCCAGAGAGAAGCUUGUGGUCCACAAUGCUCGAAGAAUGAAUUUCCAAGUAUUUGCCAGUGGAAAUGGAGCAGAGGCUAUGACAAGAAUGAUUUAGUGUUGCACUUUCAGAGCAAUUAUCUACUGCAGUAAUAAAUGGAAAAUAUCAGCAAGAACCAGGUCGUGGACUUGUUAAUACAAAGGAACCGGGGGUACUGUUACUAAUUCUGUCCUUCAGUGUAUGAGUCUCAAGCUUAGCUGCAUCCCAAAACGAAAUAUGUGGAAUAGUCCAGGCAAUGUCAAUCUCAAUGACACAAAUGUAUUGUGGAAAUAUUCUCUGAUUGAUAUUAAUCAUUGCCACAACUCAAUUUACAUUUUUAUUAUCAAAAUAUAGUUGGUAACUCUCCUUAACUUGGGGUAAGGAAUAUUGGAAUAGAAGAAAGUUUAAAGAAUUUGAUUUUGAUGUAAAAAAUCACUCAGCCUAAGCUUGGAAUGUUUUUGUUAUUUUAAGCAGCUUAGCCUAAGGAGGGACACAUGGGCAUGCCGAUGGCUGGCUGGUGCCCACAUGAAACACUGAGGGAGAAAGAGGCUUUGCUGAGCCUCAGUUAUUGUUGACAAAGGAUUUAAAACAAUACAGUCUUGAGACUUAGUUUCUGUAGAUAGAAAUCUCCUCUCUGUGUCUGUCAGUCAUGGUCCAAAUAGGAGACAGAAACCAUGCCAGUUCAAUAAUGUGAUAAAAAGAAUUACUGACACACCAACCAAAAAAGCAAAAAACCCACACAAGAAUGAAGUAGCAAUUUCCAGAAGUGCUCUGAGGAUGGGUGUUGCUCACCUGGUCCUGGGUCUUUGAGCCCAUCAUGAAGCUGGUUCUGAGCAGGUCAGAAAUGACAACUGGGAUCACCUGCAGCGUGGACGCUUCCCUCUACUGGCAUCUACUGGAAAAAUCCAACAGGAUGCCAGCUGGCAAAGCAGAGAUGUUUGUGGAGUUCUGUCCCUGGUAUCACAAAAGCAGAGCUAAAAAGAGCGGGUGUGGAACUGAGAGACAAGAGCUUCCUAACUGGCACAGCCCCUGUGAGCCACUCAGCAUCUGCGCGCAGCCUUCUACACCUUUGAACUUCUGUCCCACCACAAAAGCAAUUAUCUGUGCCCAAGAAGAUGUAAUUAAUUGGAAGCUGUUAUCCUCUCUCAAAAACGAGGACCUGUGAAGCCCACCAGUCACUGUCAAUCUCAGAGCUGUGUUGACUCUUCUAAUUCAGUUUCAAUCCCUUCGGAAUAGAAUACAGAACAAGAGAAUGGUACUUAAACACUAAAGGGUAAAGUUUACUUCCAGAAAAAUUUGCAUGAAAUGAUGAGAGAAGAAAAUUUGUGCACAUAACAAGCAAGAAUAUGUACAUCAGCCCGGCUCGGUGGCUCAUGCCUGUAAUCCCAGCACUUUGGGAGGCCGAGGUGGGUGGAUCAUGAGGUCAGGAGUUCGAGACCAGCCUGGCUAAUAUGGUGAAACCCCGUCUCUACUAAAAAUACAAAAAUUAGGUGGGCGUGGUGGCGUGCUCCGGUAGCCCCAGCUGCUCAGGAGGCUGAGGCAGGACAAUCGCCUGAACCUGGGAAGCGGAGGUUGCAGUGAGCCGUGAUAGCGCCACUAUACUCUAGCCUGGGCGACAGAGUGAGACUCCAUCUCAAAAAAAAAAAAAAAAGAAUAUGUACAUCAUCUAUAAUGAUCAUGAGGCUGUCGGUUAUGUAUCACUUCCUUUUCCACUGCCUAUUCUGUAUUUCCUUUGCCCUCAGCCAGGAUCUCCACUGCUCAGGAUUCUUUUUUGGGUAUGGUUGAUCCAAACCUUUAUUCCUAAGGUAUCUGAAUUAGUUGUCCUUCCUUUGUUACAGUCUUUUCGUUUUUGCUAUUUGUAAAAGGGACCCCAGAAAAUUAUGGGUUCUAGACAGUUCUCCCUGGCCCUGGAAUGUAGCAGCGUUUGUUUUCCCUUGGUAAUACACCUGAGUCACUAAACCCCUUGUUUGCUUAUUGGUUCAGUGCCCAGAAGGGCCCAAAACAGCAGGUGAGCCUCAGGGUAUGAUUCAGUGAGCCGUUGUUCCCUGGAAGCAUUCCUCCUUUAAAAACCAAGCCCUCCAAACCAGCAGAACUCCAGCUGAGGGGACAGGUGAGAGGAACCGCUCCUACUUCUAUCCCUUGAUUCCCAGACCCAUGAAUCCUGGUUAUGGGAGAGACAAUACAUGCAAGGCAGAACCUUUGGGGCAGCACCCAAAGGUGGUCUCCCAAGUGGUGCUGUAAUAGUCUUCACGAGGCGUUUCGCUCUAAUGUUUGUCCAGCUGCUUCCUCCUGCUGAGAUGUGGUAUGACUGAUUACCUGGUCACAAGCCCAUUGCCUCAUUUUCUUUGCUGUGAAAUUUGUUUCUUGAUUAAAAGCAAUAUGGAAUACUA